AAUGGAAAUAUUUUCUUCAAUAUCUUGGAAGGAGACAAUCAGCAGCAGUUUGCGGUUACAUCUAACGGAACUAUUUUUACCACUAAACCGCUCGAUCGUGAAACCCAAUCUUUCUACAGUCUUAUUCUUAGUGCCACUGAUCGGGCGUUGCCCGAAGAAAGACGGUUAUCCAGCACGGUUCAAGUGACAAUCAUCUUAAAAGACGUAAAUAACAUGUCUCCCGAAUUUGUCACUCCAAACAAAACUUCGAUAUUGGAAAAUGUUCCUAUAAACACUGUAAUUAUGGCGGUCAAGGCCAUUGAUCGAGAUGAAGGUAGAAACAGUUACAUAGAGUACAGUCUAGCUCCUCACUCCGAUAGAAAAUUCACUCUGAGUCCCGUAGAUGGGCUGUUGAGAGUAAACAGUUCCUUAGACAGAGAAAUAAAAUCUCAAUAUGAAGUGACCGUCAUUGCUAAAGAUAGAGGUCAUCCUCCAAGAUUUGCUUCCAUAAACAUAGUCAUCGACAUCCUAGACGAAAAUGACAACAGCCCGGUAUUUGAUCCAAAACAGUACAGCACCUCUGUUUCGGAGAAUGCCAGCAUCGGCCUCAGUGUUUUACAGAUAUCUGCAUCAGACAGGGAUGAUGGAUUAAACGGACAAGUUCGUUAUUCCAUCGUAGCCGGUGACACCAAUCAUGAUUUCCAGCUUAGUGAAGAUACGGGAAUCAUACACGUAAGCAAAAACUUAGAUUACGAGAGGAAGAAUCAUUACUUAUUAAUAGUGCAAGCAGAAGAUAACGGUAACGACGUACAUUACGACACUGCCACCGUCACAAUUGUUGUUACGGAUAUUAAUGACAAUCCGCCAACGUUCUUAGAUUCUCCUUAUGAAAUUCAUAUUUUAGAGAAUGCUCAAUCGCUUCCUACUUAUCUAGUGACUUUAAGUGCUUACGAUGCUGAUUUAUUGCCAAAUAACAGGCUGCAUUACUUAAUUAAAGAUGGUGAUAAAAGUCUUUUUCAAAUCAACUCGACAAGCGGAGAAAUAACUGUGCAGAAAUCAUUAGAUAGAGAAGUACAGGCAGAAUAUGUUUUGACAAUAUUGGCCGUUGAUUCAGGAACACCUAGGCAGACUGGCACAGGUACGGUAACUGUAAUUGUGAACGAUGUAAAUGAUAACAAACCAGUGUUUGAUAAAGAAAAAUACAUGGUUACCGCAAUGGAAAACCUUCCAGUUAAUUCACCCGUAAUUACGAUAACUGCCGUUGAUGCCGAUACUGGCAGAAAUGGCUUGAUUAGGUAUUCGCUCAAGGGCGAGCAUCACGACAUAUUUGCCGUUGACCCGUUUACCGGAACAAUUUUAACGAAAGUAGUAUUAGAUCACGAAGAGAGAGACAAAUAUCAAGUUAUACUCGUCGCACAAGACAGCGGAAUGAUGAUAGAAAAUUCUGCCAGUGUCGUCGUUACAAUUCUAGUUGGCGACGAAAAUGAUAAUCAACCGCAGUUUGCCAAAGAUAGUUAUACAAUUUACAUUCCCGAAAUGGCCGUAGGAGGUCACUUUGUGUUUGGUGCUCAUGCCGAAGAUCAUGAUGUCGGUCUGAACAGUCGUCUGGUGUAUCAUCUCUCCGGAACCGAUGCUGAUAAAUUUCAAAUUAAUCAAGAUACGGGUGUUUUGAAAUUAAUUCAAAAAAUGGUUAACAGAUCCGAAGGAUAUCAUUUAGAAAUUCAUGCUACUGAUAGUGGAAAUGUUCCUCUUUCAUCCAGUAUUAAUGUGGAAGUUUUUUUGCGUCCCCUUCAUCUUUUUCCUUAUUUUCAUCCCGGUGUGCACAAUUUUGUUCUCCAAGAAACAACAAAGGAUGCUCUUCUCACCACGGUACAAGCAUCAUCUAGAAAAAUGGGAGAAAACGGUAAAAUUACUUACCAUAUCGGAGGUGGAAAUGUCGAAAAUGUAUUCUCGGUUAAUCCUAAUACUGGCGAGGUGUGGAUUACUGAGGGAUUAGAUUAUGAAGUUUUACCGAAAUAUGAAUUAUGGAUAGAAGCUAGAGAUAGCGAUACUCCUCCUCUUUCAAGUGUUGUGAGGUUAGAUAUUGAUAUUACAGAUGCAAAUGAUAAUGCACCUAUAUUUGCUUUCGAUGUCUAUAAUGCUACGAUAAUAGAAGAACAGAGUCCCCCACAGUUUGUUAUUGGUGUAGAAGCUCACGAUGCCGAUAAAGGAGAGAAUAGUGAAAUAAUUUAUUUAAUUCAGUCUACUGAUGCCACUAAUCCUUUCACUCUGGAUGCUAAGACUGGUAAAAUAUAUACAAAUAUGGUGCUCGAUAGAGAAAGUAUAGAAAUAUAUAAAUUAAUUGUUCAAGCUUCUGAUCGAGGCAAUCCUCCGAAAACUGGUACAGCAACUGUUCUUGUAACUGUGUUGGAUAAGAAUGACAAUCCUCCUCGCUUUACUAGACUUUUCAGUGUAAAUGUUACAGAAAAUGCACCUCUCGGUACUUUUGUUAUUCAGGUUACAUCUUCUGACAAGGAUAUCGACAUGAAUGCCAAUGCUACUUACAGUUUUACAGAAAAUCCCGGUGGAAAAUUUCACAUUGAUCCCGUUUCUGGCAACGUAACAAUUGUUGGAUGGUUAGAUAGAGAAGUUAAAGACGAAUAUUUGUUAAAAGUUGCCGCAGUCGAUGGAUCAUGGAGAGCAGAAACACCCCUUACAAUAUCAAUUCAAGACGUGAAUGACAACGCGCCAAAAUUCAGUAACAGUGUUUAUGGUUUCAAUAUUGCAGAGCUUCAGAGAGCAGUAUCAUUUGUAGGACAAGUAACGGCUGUCGACCAAGACAAACAAGGCCCUAAUUCAGUCAUUAGUUACAAUUUAAAGCGUCCCUCUGACUUAUUUCGUAUCGACCCUGCCAGCGGAGAAAUAAUGAGUAAACAAACCUUGCACUACAAGCAUAGUUUGCAUUAUGCUGCUCCAGAAAACCAGCACAUCUUGCGCGUCGUGGCUACAGAUCAUGGCCAACCGCCCAUGUCUUCGGAAGUCGACGUUAUAAUUAAUAUCGUCGAUUCUAACAAUAAUGCACCCAUAUUUGAAAAACCCUUUUAUUUUUCACCAUUACCACAAAAUUCUGGAAUUGGAUUAUCCGUGCUUAAAGUUACAGCAAUAGAUAAUGAGGAUACCGGUAUCAAUGCAGAAAUAGAAUACAAUAUAACAGGAGGAAAUGGAACAAAUUUCUUCAACAUUCAUAAAACAACAGGUUGGAUAACUGUGGCAAAUCCAUUAUUGGGCCAGAAAGGACAAUGGUAUAAUCUUAAAAUCAAUGCAGUAGAUAAAGGUGUGCCUCCGAAGUCUUCAAAAGUAAACGUUCAGUUGGUCGUGACUGGAGAAAAUAAGCAUAGUCCUGUGUUCACUGCACUCAGUUAUCAAGUUAUCAUUCCUGAAAACGAACCUUUACAUUCAGAAAUAGUCGCCGUCAUGGCAACGGAUAGCGAUUCUGGUCUUAAUGGUGAAGUUAUAUAUUCAAUAACAGAAGGGAAUGAUAAUCAGAGUUUCCAUAUCGAUCCAACUUCUGGUUCUGUAACUAUAAUAAAACCCUUAGAUUAUGAAAAAACAAAAGAAUAUCAUUUAAAUCUCACUGCUUCGGACAGAAGUUUUAAGAGUAAACAAGCCACGGCAAUGUUAACUAUAAUUGUGACGGAUAUUAACGACAAUCCGCCUCUCUUUUCUUCUCCGAUAUACGAUGUAUAUAUUGCCGAAAAUGAACCGGCGGGUACAUCGAUAACUCAUCUGACUGCUUUGGAUAUAGAUUCUAGUCGAAAUGCCAUCGUUCAAUACUCGAUUGUCGGGGGAAGUUCGAAAGACAUGUUCUCUGUUGGAAUUCAUUCGGGUAUUAUUCUUUCCAAGAUCACUUUUGAUUACGAAGAAAAUAAUCUUUAUCCUUUGGAAGUUAUUGCGAGCAAUCCGGGAUCGAAUCAGUUUAGCUCUACGAAAGUUAAUAUUCACAUUACGAGCAAAAACGAAUUUUAUCCACGUUUCAUUCAGCCUGUUUUCCAAUUCACUGUUUGUGAAUCAGCUGGAAUUAACACUGCUGUUGGAACGCUUCAGGCGACAGACGAAGAUACGGGACCCGAUGGUGAAAUAUUUUAUUUACUUGUUGGAAGCAGUAACGAUCGAGGAUUUCGAAUUGAACCCAACACUGGUAUUAUUACUGUUGCACGCAGACUUGACAGAGAAUCUCAGGCAAGAGUCGUAUUAACAGUGAUGGCAAAAAAUAUGGGAAGUAUCAGAGGAAAUGAUACUGAUGAAGCACAAGUUGUCGUUAGUAUAGAAGAUGGUAACGAUCCUCCACUCUUUAUGAAACAAGCUUAUGAAAUCCACACAAGUGAAGCUUCUCCAUUGGGUACUUCUGUAAUUAUGGUAUCUGCAACAGAUAAAGAUGUUCAUCCAAACAACAAUCAUUUUACAUACUCAAUUAUCAACGGAAAUAUCGGUAAAGCAUUUAUGGUUGAUUCUCAGUCUGGACUGAUUCAAACUGCCGCAAUGUUAGAUAGGGAAACUAUAGCAGUUUAUAACUUAACAAUUGCAGCAAUCGAUACUGGAACUCCCCCUCAAACCGGUACUACUCUAGUUAAAAUUCUGAUAGAUGACGUUAACGAUAAUGGUCCCAUCUUUGAUCCACCAGACGUUCUUGGUUACGUGAUGGAAAACGAACCCGCAUACACGAGCGUCACUGUCCUCAGUGCAACCGAUCCUGACCUGCCUCCAAACGGAGCUCCCUUUAUGUACUUUCUUGUCGGAGGUGAUUACAAAGAAUAUUUUGAAAUUGAUCGUCACACAGGAUUAGUCAAGACAACGCAACAGAUUGACAGAGAAAUUUCUCCUACAAUUCGAUUAGUCGUAGAGGUGCACGACAGCGGAGUUCCACAAAUGAAAUCUCGUCAUACAAUUACAAUCAUAGUAAUGGAUAAGAAUGACAGCCCUUCUUCUCCAAGAGCUCUGACAGUUUUGGUAUGGAUAUUCAACAAUAUAUUUCCAGGCGGAAAAAUAGCACACAUUCAUCCAUUUGAUCCCGACAUGACCGGUCAGUACAUGUGCAAUUUACUAGAAGGAGAUUCCUCAGUGUUUAGAAUACCAACAAAAUGUGAUCUUCAUGCAAUAAGACUAUUAAAUCCUAAUAAUUAUACUUUAACUGUAAGUGGUAAUGAUGGAAGACACCCCGACGUAACAUCUACGAUUCGAGUACAGUUUAUGACUUUCAAUAAUAAAACAGUAGAGAACAGCUUGACUUUAAAACUAUUGAAUCAUUCUGCAGAUGACUUUCUGACACAACAAUUUGAAAGAUUUCAGAAAGCAAUUGGAGAAAUAUUUAAGCCCAUGGGAACACCUAUGAUAUAUAGUAUCACCACUUUGAAUAACCAUCUUGAAAUGACAAUGGCUGUGAAAAUGAACGACCACAGUUACUUUCCCGUUCAAGAUGUACUUAGUUCCUUGCAGAAAAAAAGUAAUUUCUUACGAGGAGUUAUAAAUCAAGAUGAAAUUAUAUUUGGUUUUAAUCCGUGCCAAAAUUUGCCGUGCGAAAAUGGAGGAAAAUGUCACAGUUAUUUGGAUUUACGAGAGUCCCUGUCCAUCGUCGAUUCUCCAUCUCUAGUUUUCACUUCUCCUACUGUCAUUCACCAGUAUUCUUGCACUUGUGCUCAAGGAUUUUCUGGUCCUCAGUGUCAGUAUCAAGAAGAUCCAUGUGCACCCAACCCGUGUCUUUCUGGAGGUGUAUGUCACCAUGACGGCUAUGACUUUCAGUGUCUCUGUCCACCCCAGUAUCAGGGCAAACGUUGUGAAUCUGUCAGAACAGAUUUGUGUGCCAAUGCUCCUUGCAAGAAUGGCGGAACCUGUGAAGAGGCUCCGAACGGUUCCUUUUUUUGUCUCUGCAGACCCGGUUUCCGUGGAGCUCUGUGUGAGCAGACUACUGAUAACUGUCGUCCGAAUCGUUGCUUGAAUGGCGGAACUUGUAUCAGUGAUAAACCAGGUUAUCGGUGUCUUUGCGAAGCAAGCUUUUUUGGAAGACACUGCGAAAAAUCAAGCUAUGGAUUCUAUCCUUACUCUUACAUGGCAUUCCCUGCUCUCAAUCCCUCCACCAAUGACAUUUCUAUAGUUUUUUCAACAAACAAACACAACUCUCUUCUGGUUUAUAACUAUGGAAUCCAAACGGGUGGGAGAUCGGAUUUCCUGGCCCUGGAAAUUAUAGACGGAAGACCAAAUUUUUCUUUUGGAGGAGCAAGAACUGCCAUUGCCACCAUCACCAUGACCAAAUCAGUAGCAGACGGAAAGUGGCACAAGAUAGCAGUCAUCAGAAACGGUCGAGUCGCCUCGGUCUCUGUAGCCGACUGCAACGAAAACGGAGAAACUUGCGAAGAAUGCUUUCAUGGGAACACCACCUGCUCAAUGUCCACCAUCGGGCACAUCGGGACACUUAACUUCCAUGCUAAUUUAUUUUACCUGGGUGGAGUGCCUUCUAUCGAGCCCAUAAUAGAAAGACCAGGUCAGAUUGCUGCCGACGAUUUUGUGGGUUGUGUGCACAGUGUGGCUGUCAACGGACGAAUGCUGGAUCUGGGAUCACCUGUAAAAUCCAUGCACACGGCUACAACCUGCGUCAGAUCCGAACUAUGUCCCAACGUGGCCGCCUGCGGUCAGAACGGACACUGUCGAGACACGUGGUUUGCUUCAUCCUGCCUCUGUUCCUCCGGAGUUAUGGCUCCAAACUGUAAUGAUGCCUUGGAACCAUUUUUCCUGGGUUCCUCCGAUUCUUUUAUCGAACUGUUACCUCAAGAGAAGCAUCGCAGGGUUCAGGUGUUUGCCAACGGACAUCACCAAAACGAAAAGUGGAAGAAUUUACCCGUGACCGACAAGAAUGUCAAGAGUUUCUCUUUUAUGUUUCGGACCAAAUCUCACAAUGGACUCUUACUCUAUGUGGCAACCGAAGAUGACUACACCAUUUUACAGAUCCACGAAGGGAAGAUCGUGUAUGCAAGCGAGACGGAGUCCAAGCACAAAGUCAGCGAGUCCAUGGAGGGAACCAGAGUCGACGAUGGCAAUUGGCACAGAGUGGUGCUGGAACGUGGACCCGGACAGCGCUCUUCUGUCAAUCUGACCGUCGACUCUCGAUGGAAAGAGAUUGAUUCCGAAACAACUCACGACUUUUUGGAUGCUUAUCUCACUUCGUUUGUGGUGGGAGGACGAUUGGAAAAUCUAGGAAAAUCCGACCACACCUUUGCUGGUUUUCAAGGUUGUGUCAAGGAAAUGGCUGUCAAUGAAGAAAUUCAAGCAUUAAACAGUACAAAUGGAUAUUUUAAACUAAUUCCUCAUGGAAACGUGCAAAGAGGAUGUGGAGAUGAAGCACUGGGUUUGGAUGUGGUACCGACUGAUCCUCUGAGCAUCGGGAUCAUCCUGGUGAUCGUGUUCUUCAUCAUUCUGAUUGUGGUCAUCCUGGUCAGUUUCUUGGUCUUCCGCAGGCGGAAACUGAGGAGAGAAAAGGCUCCGGGACACAUCAAACAGAACGGAAAUGCCUUCCUGACCGGUUCCAAUAAUGACAACCAAAGAACUCACCAAGACGGCAAUUACUCUGAGAGUGCCACUACUGAAGACAUUCUGAGAAAUCAUCUGUCACAGGAUCUGGUGCCCAAGAAGAUGAAGGACCGUGAAGUGGCUGCCGAUCGCCCCCAACGUCCUGACAUCAUAGAAAGGGAAGUGUUAAAUAAGUCAUCUGCUUCACCCACACACAGGAUUGAAGACUCGUCCCUGCAGGAUAACAACAAACCCUUUGGCAUGUUGAACAUAGCAGAUUCAGAACCUCCAGAACACUACGAUUUGGAAAAUGCCAGCAGCAUAGCUCCCUCAGACAUAGACAUUGUCUACCAUUACAAGGGGUUCAGAGAUGGUAAUGUUCACAAAUAUAAAACGAACCCACACAUUCCAAACUACCACAAACACAACCAUAGACAUAGUCCACACCAAUUUCAGUCAACGCCAUCAAGGGACAGUCCGAGAAAUGUACUGUGUCAGAGUCCCAAUGCCAUAGCCCCAAGGGAGAGUCCAUCUGUUCUGAAAAUGCAGAACACGCCUCUGGCCCGUCUGAGCCCUUCCAGCGAGCUGUCUCAACAGACACCCAGAAUACUGACCCUUCAGGACAUCAGCGGCAAGCCCCUACAGACCGCAUUACUAGCGACAUCUCAGGGAGUGGGGCCAAAAGAAUUCAAAGAUCCGCUGACCAAUUCAGAGAGGAGCCUCAACAGUCCGGUGAGUCACCUAAGUCAUAGCACCAGCAGCAUUCAUUCGGGACCAAAAUCAAACAGCAAGAAGAAGAACAACGAAAACAACAUAACACUAGGACUGACGGCAGAGGAGAUCGAAAGACUAAACGCGAGGCCAAGAAACUCUAGUCUGGUGAGCACAUUGGAUGCCGUCUCUUCUUCCAGUGACGACAAUCCAGAAAAGAACAAACUAGCCGAACUCUUGGAAACCAACACAGAACUGUUGGAAGCUCCGGACUCAUCCACAGAUGAAAGCGGAAAUGACUCAUUUACUUGUUCUGAGUUUGAAUACGAUAACUAUGACAAGGUGCAGAGGGAUUUUGGUCCUGGAAACAUGAUCUUUUCCAAACUGGCUGAAGAAGACAACGAAAAUGACGAAGAUUCUGCCAAGACUUACGAUGGCUUUGACUCUUUCCGGGGUUCUCUGAGCACCCUGGUGGCAUCAGAUGACGAUCUUUCCAACCUUUCGUCAUAUAAACCUGCUAAUGGGUCCAUGUUGGGGUGGGACUACUUACUCAAUUGGGGUCCCAAUUUUCAAAAUUUAGUCGGCGUAUUCAAAGACAUUGCGGAGUUACCAGACACCAUCAAUGCAAACAGUACGGGACAUUCCAAACCUGGAGAAGAAUACGUGUGACGAAAUACCACUUUCGCACAAUUACCGUGGCCAAAAAUUUCCUAAAAAGUGCCUUCGAUUUGAUGUCGUUCACCCAGGGAAAAGCAAACAUACGAACAGAGGAGGAAGCGAUAAAAUUAUUUUUCUAAGAAACGACGUUGACAUUUUUUCCUAAACGUCGUUUACCAGUCAUUGCGUAUUUAUAAUUAAGCAAUUGCCUAGCAACGCACCAUACGGGUGAUCGGAAAGUCACGAAUUGUUCGUCGUAAAUACUCUUUUGGUCCGGACAUUCGUCGAAUGAACCACCAUCCAUUUACCACUCUACAAGUACCUCAUAUUUAAAAAAAAUACCUAGUCAACACUAACUUUGUUUUCUUUUUAUUUGUUUUUCUUCCAUGUGAGAGCGAACGAGUUUCCAUCGAAGAAACAUUUGCAUAAGUUAAGACGUAUGUUGUACCUAUAGAAAAUUAUAUUAUAUA